AUGGCCACACCAAAUUUCGCCCUCCGCCCCCUCGAGCGCCGCACCUCCCCCUCCGCCCUCGAAGGCGGCUUCCGCGUGCAUCUCUCCCCCGCCUCGCUGCGCACGCUCGGUCUAGUCGCCGGCGACGUGUGCCGCCUCACCACUACCACCACCCCCUCGCACGCCGACACAGCAAAGUCGGGCCUCGCAAUCGCAUGGCAGGCCCAGGACACUAACAUGGGCAGCGCCGCCAAGCCCAUCGCGAAAGUCACGGACCUGCUACGCGAGGUGUACGACUUCGCGCUUCCGGAUAAGAUACAGAUUGCGGGUGCGGGUGCGGGGGAGGGGUGGCGGGCGGCGGAGACGGUGUGGGUGCGGUUUGGGCCGGGGGAGGAGGAGAAAGGGUGGGGGUAUGGGGGCAGGGAGGAGGUGGAGCGGUGGGCGGGGAUCGAAAAAGAGGGUAUUGGGGGGCUGGACGACCAGAUUCGGGAGAUCAAUGAGCAGUUGAGGAUGCUGACACAGCCGCCAUUCCCGCGCCAGCAUAGCCUGGAUAGGCCGUCGAGUAUCCUUAUCCACGGGCCAGAAGGGACGGGGAAAUCGCUGUUGCUGGAACGACUGGGAAGAGGGCCCUGGCAGCAGUUGAUACAUCUGGACCGGAAAUGGAUCGCUUCGAACGGUAAAACGGCAUCUAAGUCUCUCGCGGACGCUUUCCAGAAAGCGAAAUCGUCUCAGCCGAGUCUUGUUCUUAUCGAUAAGCUGGACAAACUGCUAGGGAAAGCGGAAACGCUUUGUGAGGAUCUUGCAGAGGAAAUUCUGAGUCUGAAGGGAUCAAGAGUCUUUGUGGCUGCGGCUACGAGGAGUAUCUAUAAUAUCGAUGCGAGUUUGAGGGAGAGUGUGGCUUUUAGGCAUGCUGUGGAGAUAUUUCCCCCAAAUGUACGGCAACGAGAGGAUAUAUUGAGGCAAGUUAUGGAUCCGACAAAGAUACAGUACGAGUCCCUGGCAGAACGCACUCAUGGAUUUGUAGGACGAGAUCUGGAAAAACUUUGUGUCCUAGCUCGAGACCACUGUUUGUCCAGAUCCGGGAUCAUUGCCAAUUCGGCCACUUCAUCGGAUGAUCCGAUCGCCCCCACAGAGAUUAUCCAGGGCGACUUUGAUGCCGUUAUCGACAAGGUUCAUGCAAGCAUCAUGAACGAGGUGGUGCUGGAAGUACCGAAAGUUAAAUGGACCGAAAUAGGCGGGCUGGAGGAUGUCAGGCAGCUCAUGAACUCUGUGACAAUCCGUCCGUUUAAGGAGCCGGAUCUCGCUACCAGAUUUGGCAGUACUCAGAAUCGCAAAGGGGUCCUGCUCUACGGGCCGCCUGGAUGUGCCAAAACGCUCAUUGCGCAAGCUGUUGCGACUGAGUCAAAGCAAAACUUCUUGGCGGUCAAGGGAUCCGAACUGAUCAACAUGUAUGUGGGUGAGUCUGAGCGGGCGAUUCGCGACGUCUUCCGACGGGCUCGCGCGGCCAAACCCUGCAUCAUCUUCUUCGAUGAGAUCGACUCGAUCGGGAAGUCGAGAGAGAAAUCGCAUGACAGCGGGUUGAAUGUUGUCACAACUCUCCUGAACGAGAUGGAUGGCAUCGAGACAUUGAAGGACGUCUUCAUUAUAGCCGCCACGAACCGGCCGGACAUCCUCGACUCUGCAUUGAUCCGUGCAGGCCGAUUCGACGCGCACGUCUACGUCGGACUGCCGAGCCUGGAGGCCCGUCGGCAGAUCUGGCAAAUCCACACGCGACGCAUGCCGUUGACGGGCGAGGUGGAUCUGCAGAAGCUUGCGGAGGGAACGGAGGGCAGCAGCGGGGCGGAUAUCAAGAGACUCUGCGCAGAGGUCGUAGAGCUCGCGAUAUCGGAUUGGGAGCGCGAUAGAGAGCAGAAGCCGGAGGUGAGGAUGGAGCACUUUGACCAAGCGUUAAAGACCCAUGUGCCACAUACGCCGAGGGAAGUGGCAGAGCGGUAUGAGGAGUGGAGGCCUGGGGUGUCGUUGUCCGGGGAUUAAGAGUGGGAGGAGGAAUGAGAUUUUCCUGGUCUUGGAUUCUCUGCUUACGGACUGCGAGGUCCAACCGGCACGACUGCCUGCGGACUUCAGCGGUGCGGUAUUUGAGUUGUGAGUUGCAGCACCGCAUACGGUUUCUAUAGAUGAGAGACACGACAGAAGAUUUUUACCCGCAUGAAGGAGGUAAGACAAGUUUCACGGCUUCAACGACGAGACGGUGAAGAUAUCACGAAAUUUGGCGUCAAGAAAUGCCCGACCACUGUACCAGUAAUGAGCAAUCUUGUAAGCCCAGGAG